UUAAGAGACGUUCACACACGGAUCUGCUCUCCAGCUGUAAUCAAAAUCAACAGCAUAAUUUUUGCAGACGGAAGAUGUUUCACAGAAGCCUGGUUUUAGCAGCGACAUUUUUCUGCCUCAUCCUGCUUCCACAAAAAGUAGGGAGCAGCUCUUUUAUCCCAAGCCCAAUUUUUGAUUCCGGAGAAAACUUGAGCUCAGAAAAUUGUGGUCUGUGGAGUGAUCGCAAUAAAAAUCCCCCUUGGAGGGCGUUCUUAUCUGACAGUAGAGAAUACCCCUGUAUUGGAAUACUCAUAUCACGAAAUGCCAUCAUGACCUCGGAAACAUCUGACUGCUGGAGAGGUAAGCGAAAUUUUGAUCGAGGCUCUCAUUUCUAUGCCAACCUGGGCGAAUGCUAUGAGGGCUACAACAUUCCAAAUUGCAGCGAAAAAAAGAGGGGCAAAGGAAUUGUUUUGAAGGUGCUGGAAGUAAAAAAGUUCAAUGUGACAAAGAGUUCGGAUGUUUUCGUUUGGAUUAUUGAGAAAAUCCCUACCAUUAAUGACUUCUACAGACCAAUUUGUCUUUUCAAUAGAAACAAUUCCAAAGAUUUGGACCAGUCUGAAAUGAAUAUUAACCAUCUAGUGACAUUGAAUAUGAAUGAGGAAGGUCCUCUAGUAGCAACGGAGAAUUGUUACAAAAAUAAAAGAGAACAAAAAAGUAUGCAAACGCAGCAUGGUAAACACCUAAAAAUCUUGUGCUUCGAAGCUACUGCUGAUUCUUUAAGAGGAAAUUUUUUGCUGAAUUUCUAUGGCGGAAGGUACUUUUUGCGUGGAAUUAAUUGCGAUAUAUUUAUUGGAAAAAAUCACAUGAUCAAUUUCAUUGACCUGCUCCCUUUCAUGGGAGAAAUUGUCGAUAUUUCACCAGGUUUGUCAAUGUUACCACCAGAAAUUCCCACUCCCAAAAAUAGAACAGAGUUUGGCAAUUCCGAAAACUUGAGUUUUCCUGAUUGUGGGCAGAAACGGAGAAUUUUCAUUCGAACGCGCAGGAGCUUUGAGGACAGUUCUGAUAGUGAGGAAGGUCCACCCGUCGGACUAGUAGUCAGAGGACGCAUGGCGCUUAGAGACAAUCAUCCCUGGCACGCUGAGAUCAGUGAACCAGGAAAAACAGAACGUGGCUUCUGUGGUGGAACUCUAAUUUCGAAAAGAGCUGUGUUAACCGCUGCUCAUUGCUUAUUUGAAGAUAGUUUGCCGCUUAAUGCAACUAAAUUAAUUGUGACCAUAGGCCUCUACAACGCAUUGAAUAGAGCGGAGCCUGGAAUCCAGGCCCAAACACCCCUCACAAUAAUUACACACCCCAACUACAAUCACACCAAUUUUGAGAACGACGUUGCAUUGCUUAUCUUUCAAACCAACUUCAAUAUAACUGAGAAAGUUUGGCCCAUCUGUCUUUGGAAUGAAGGCUCUGAUCUGAACCGCAUCAUUAACAAAUCAGCCUCGUUGGUUGGCUGGGGCUAUGUCGAAAGUUUCAAUCAACCCAACAUUCUGCAAACGGCCUCUCUGCCAAUUAAAUCGUAUUUCGAUUGCUAUUUGCAACGGAAAAAUUUCUUUGGAAAAUACAUGAAGCCCGGAAUGAACUUCUGCGCUGGAUAUUCAAAUGGAACUAGUGCAUGCAAUGGAGAUAGUGGAGGCAGUUUGGCGUUGGAAAAAGACGGCCGGUGGUUUAUCAGGGGACUCGUCAGCUUCGGACGGUCGCAAAUAGUUCAGAGAGAAAACGGCGAGGAAUUGGUGUGCAAUCCCAAAUAUUACAGUCUUUUCACCGACCUCGCAUAUUAUAUUGAUUGGAUUGUUCAGGAGACACCUGACAUUUCAUAAAUCAAAAUAAAUAUAUACUAAUAAAUUUAAAAUGAAAAGCAUGGUAAACUAGGAUUAACAAAAAUUCCUAAAUAUUUCAAUUAUUAAAUUUUUUGAUUCCGCAUAGAUUGUACUUUUGGUAUUGGUAAGAAUACACAGUGAAAAUAUAAUAAAAAAAUCUGCCUUACCUUUUUCCAUAGGAAACAGCCUCUUACUCAUAAUGACGCCUGUCGUACGUCUUGAGAAAUUUGGCAUCUCUGCAAAUAGUUUUAUUUUUUAAUGCACAAUAAAUGUAAAAUAAAUUUUUGUGACUGCCUGGGUCUCACAAAUUAGCAAAGAAAUAAGGCUUUUUGAUUGGCUGUUAAAUUAAGUGAACCAUAUUCCGAAGCCA